AUGACAGCGCCACUGAGGAGGCUGACGAAGCGGCCCACGGUUGACCCUGCAGAAGUGGAACAAGAGACCUUGAGCUACUUGACCAGGCGAAGCGUUUCUGCUUCGGAGCUGUUGACUGGCAGCUGGCUUCCGAAGGUUGCGCGGGAGAACUUUGCAACCUGCCAAAGGCUUUCCAAGAACCGGCCCCUUGCGCCAGACUGCGCAUUGACAUGGGGCAGCUGUUGCUCGGGGAGCGAGGGCGCUCGCUUUGUAGUGGAUGCAAUGAACGAAGCCUUGACGUGCCAGGGCUCCCUGUGCAGGCUCACUCAUGCCUUCAGCUGCGAAGUCAACCCAGAGAAGCGGAAAUGGAUCAGCUUUGUCAGCAGGGCUGGCCACCGAGCCCUUCAGCCUUGUCCCCGUUCGCCUCAGGCGGAGCGCGACUGCAGCGAAGACGAAGGCCGCAGCAAGGACGCAGGGCAGCCGACGCCUGAGCAGGAGCAGGCAGAUUUGCCGUGUAUCUUCACGAAUAUCUUAGACAUGGGAAACGACAGGGCUGAGUGCUGGCAACACGCAGGCUUUUGCCGUGUCCCGUGCGUCGAUGUGCUGAUUAUAGGCACAUCGUGCAAGGACAUGUCGCGGGCAAACCCAGGGAUCGUCAGGCAGCAGGCCGUUCUUCAGCACCAGCGCAGCAAAGGAGGAAGUGCUCAAACAUUUCGCGGGUUUUUGAGUUACCUGGACGCCCACCACCCCCUAGUCGUCCUGUUCGAGAACGUGGACAGCAUGGAGGACGCCAAGGCUGGGGGCGUGAGCAACGCUGACAUAUUCCACGCAGAGGUCUCGUCCCGUGGCUACGAGUCCCAGAGCGUUAUGCUUGACUCUGCCCAGUUUGGCUUGGCUGCCCGAAGACGGCGAGUGUACAUCCUGCUCGUGCGUGUGGGUGGGAGCCCGCUGCUGUCGUUUGAAGGGAGGCCGUUAGGUGCCGUGUUCCAAACCUUUCGCGGCCUUCUGAGCGGCUGCUUGAGGAAAGGGCCGUGUGCCAGCGAGAUCCUUCUCCCGCCGACAGACCAAGCCGUGCAGGAUGAGCUCAAGGCCCGCCAGGAAAAGCUUGAGGAGUCCAAGAAGAAGCAGGGCGCCCAAGGGUCGUCCUUGGCGUCGGGGGCCAGGUGGGCCGAGCAUCACAUGCAGUUUGCGGAAAACCUCAAGCUUCGCUGGGGUCAGCCCCCGAGUCCUCAUCUUGCGAGGAACUCAUGGUUCCAGUGCUUGACUGAGCGGGAGAAAGACGCGCUGCCGUUGUGCCAGGCAGCCUUGCCCAGUGCUAUUUUCAGGGACAUCUCGCAGUCCAUCGGCCGCAUCAAUGCGGCUACAUGGCAGAAAGAGACGGGCGCUCACGUGGCGCCCACCAUGUUGCCAAAGCAGUCCUUGUGGGUGGACAUGGGCGCAAAUUCGCGCUUGAUGCUUGGGCGAGAGGCGUUAGUCAUGCAGGGCUUUCCAGUCUUGCCCUUUUUGCAGGCUGUCCAAGACUUGCAAAGCUCCUUGCCGCGCUCAUCGGCUUGGAUGCCGAGCGAGUCUCUGAUGCAAGACUUGGCCGGCAACGCCAUGUCGCUUCCGGUGGUUCUGGCAAUGCUACAGUGCGGAUUUUCAGCUUUGACAUGGAGCAGCUGCGCCGCUUCGAAGGCAGCUGGGGAAGCGCCGCUAUCAAAGGACGAGGACAAGGACAUCCAGGCUGCGAUGGCAGGCUUGCGAGCCUUGUCAGAGACAGGGCCGGCUGCGGGGCCUGCGCCAGCCAUUCAGACGAGCGCCCUCAGUGAGCGCUUGCGAAAGCGAGACAGUGGAGUGCUUGAGCGUUCCAACCUGGCAGACAAGGUCGGAGUCUUGGCUGCGGUGUAUGCCAUCCUCUGGCAGAAAGGCUUGAUUGGACAUACGCUGGAGGAGCCCGUGCAGGUGGUCGAGGAGCUGCACCAUCACUUGCGGCCCGCCAUCCCAGAAGAGCCCGAGCCGGAGACCGAGAGGCCGACGCUGCGCUGGUGCACCUGCCUGGGGCUCUUGGCCUUCAUCGGGGCGGCCUGGCAGCGCCGCUGCCGCCGCAACAAGUCGGAGGCUGCUGCCGCUCCGCAGCCGGCGGCCGUGACCAAGACCAACAAGCCGGAGAUGUUCAGGAUCGCUACGGAGCAACCGGAUGAGGAGCCGGAGCCAGCACGCAAGGCGUACGAGCGGAUGAUGUCGGAGAUGUCGCAGGUGUCAGAUUCGCCUUUGGAGGUGCAGGAGCAGACCGAGAUCUUCCGGAUGCAGACGGAGUUGGCGACAGUCAGCGAGCGGAAGGUUCCGGGCCUGCAGCCGGCGGAGACGGAGGAUGCGAGGAGCUCCAUGCUGAGGAUUCCGUCAAAAGAUGCCUCAAAGAAAAUGGCAGAGGCCAAGAAGGCGGCAGAAGCCAAGAAGGCAGAGGAGGCCAAGCAGGCAGCCGAAGCAAAGAAAGCCGAGGAGGCCAAGCAGGCGGCCGAAGCAAAGAAGGUCGAGGAGGCUAAGAAGGCAGAGGAGGCCAGACUGGCGGAGGAGACCAAGAAGGCGGCAGAAGCCAAGAAGGCAGAGGAGGCCAAGAAGGCGGCAGAAGCGAAAAAAACUGAGGAGGCUAAGAAGGCAGAGGAGGCCAGACUGGCGGAGGAGGCCAAGCAGGCAGCAGAAGCCAAGAAGGCAGAGGAGGCCAAGAAGGCGGCAGAAGCGACAAAAGCUGAGGAGGCUAAGAAGGCAGAGGAGGCCAGACUGGCGGAGGAGGCCAAGCAGGCAGCAGAAGCCAAGAAGGCAGAGGAGGCCAAGAAGGCGGCAGAAGCGACAAAAGCUGAGGAGGCUAAGAAGGCAGAGGAGGCCAGACUGGCGGAGGAGGCCAAGCAGGCAGCAGAAGCCAAGAAGGCAGAGGAGGCUGAGGCUAGACUGGCGAUGGAUGCUAAGAAAGCAGAGAUUGCCAAGAAAGUGGAAGAGGCCAGGAAGGCUCAAGAGGCCAAGAAAGUUGAAGAACCAAAGGAGGCAGAGAAAGGCAGAGUGUCGGAAGGCACGAAGGCAGAAGAGGUUAAUGAAGAGGAAGCCAAAAAAGCCGUGGCGGCCAAGAGAGCCGAGAUCGCCAAGAAAGUGGCAGAUGCCAAGAAGGCUCAAGAGUUGAAGGCUGAGGCGAGCGCCAACGAAUCCGAGGAGGCCAGGAAGGCUCAAGAUGCCAAAAGGGCGGAGGUGGCGAAGAAGGUCGAGGAGGCAAGGAAUGCUCAAGAGGCUCAGGCGGGCGCGUCCUUCCUCGCCACGGAGAGGGUGGCGCUGCAUAAGCCGCCAGAGGAGGCGCCCGUGGAGCGAAAAGAAAGCACUCCGAUCAAGAAGCGCCUCACCGAGCGAUCUUUGACACCGAGAGACGGUUCUGGCGGCAAGAUCGGUGCCAAGACUCCAGACCAGCAGCCACUCGAGACCCCGCGCCGGGGCUUGAACGCAGACCUCCUCGGGGACCCGGGCGCCCGGAUCCGCGAGAUCGCGGCCCACCUUGCCUCCAAUAAGCCCCCGAGCUUUUCUCCAACCAACAGCCGCAGCGGCAGCCGCUCCCCGCAGGCCAACGUGGGCCUUCGAUAUGCGCAAUGCUAG